AUGGACGUGUGGGGCCCAGCCCGCGUCCGUGGACAGGGUCACGAGCGUUACUUCCUGCUGGUGGUUGACGACUACUCGCGUUACACCACACUCUUCCCCUUGCGCAGCAAGGGUGAGGUCACUGAGGUGUUGAUCGACUGGAUCCGCGCAGCUCGUCUCCAGCUCAGAGAGAGUUUCGGCUCGGACCUUCCUGUCCUGCGUCUGCACUCCGACAGAGGAGGUGAGUUUUCCUCUGACCCUCUGCGAGCCUUCUGUCGUGCACAGGGCAUCCGCCAGACGUUCACGCUUCCGGCCUCUCCACAGCAAAAUGGGAUUGCUGAGCGCCGCAUUGGCAUGGUCAUGGACGUCGCUCGUACGUCCAUGAUCCAUGCGGCUGCUCCCCAUUUUCUGUGGCCUUUCGCGGUUCAGUACGCGGCGCAUCAGAUCAACCUUCAGCCCCGGGUCUCCUUGCCGGAGACCUCCCCUACUCUGCGGUGGACGGGGAAGGUUGGCGAUGCGUCUGCGUUUCGUGUCUGGGGAUCUCGGGCUUUUGUCCGCGACUUGUCUGCGGACAAGCUGUCCCCCCGUGCUGUUCCCUGCGUCUUCCUUGGCUUCCCCCCUGACGCGCCUGGUUGGCAGUUUUACCACCCCACAUCGCGCCGUGUUCUGUCUUCCCAGGACGUCACGUUUGACGAGUCGGUCCCCUUCUACCGUCUCUUCCCCUACCGCACUGCCCCGCUCCCCCCUCUGCCGCUCUUCCUCACGCCAGGUGCUGCCUUGGUAGACCCCUUGCCUCCCCAGGUUCCUGCUCCCUCAGGUGUUUCCCAGGUAGACCCGGUCGAGCCUGUCGAGGUAGCUGUCGACUCUGGUCCUGCGCGAGGUACUGAGCGUGCUGAGCCUGGUGGUGCUGGGUCUGGAGGUACUGAGCCUAGGGGUGCUGAGCCUGGGGGUGCGGAGACUGGGGGUGCUGAGCCUGGGGGUGCAGAGACUACGGGUGCUGAGCCUGGGGGUGCAGAGACUGCAGGUGCUGAGCCUGGGGGUGCUGUCCCUGGUGGUGCUGGGUCUGGAGGUCCUGAGCCUGGGGGUGCUGCGCCUGGGGGCGCUCUCUCUUCCCAGCAGCUGCGUGAGUGGUACUCUCGGUACUGUCGCAGCCUCCGUGGUGCUGCUGGAGCUGGAGCUGAGAGCGCUGAGCCUACUGGAGUUGGUGUUGCUGCUGACCCUGGGGUCGGCACUGGAGGUGCUGGAGCCUCUGGUCCUGGAGGUGCUCGUACUGGCGGUACUGGAGCUGCUGGGACUGGGGGUGCUGCUGGAGCUGUUGGCGCUGGUCCUGCUGGAGGCCUGGAGGUGCUCCUGGUGCUGGAGCUGCUGGCGGUGCUGGAGCUGGCGGUUCUGCUGGAGUAA